AUGACUCUUUCACGCUCAACAACCAAGGUUAUCAUCGUCGGCGGGGCUGGCACGAUUGGCUCCUCAACAGCACUGCAUCUCAUUCGAAAUGGCUACACACCCUCAAACAUAACAGUGCUCGAUGUAUAUCCAAUUCCAUCUGCUCAAUCUGCAGGCCACGAUCUCAACAAGAUCAUGAGCAUCCGACGAAGCAACAAAAUUGGUCUACAGCUUUCGCUUGAGGCGCUGAACAUGUGGAAACACGAUCCGCUAUUUAAGCCAUUCUUUCACGAAGUUGGAAUGAUUGACUGUUCGUCAUCCGAAGAGGGUAUUGCAGCCCUUCAACAGAAGUACAAAUCUUUAGUGGACGCGGGAAUGGGUUUCGAGAAGACGACCUUCUGGUUAGAGGGGAACGAUAUUCAAUCGAGAGUUCCACCAUUCACAAAGGAGCAAACACAGGAAUGGAAAGGAGUACUCUGCAGCGAUGGAGGCUGGCUCGCAGCGGCAAAGGCCAUCAAUGCGAUAGGCCAGUUCUUGAAAAGCCAAGGAGCUCAACUCAGAUUCGGAAACGCCGGAACAUUCAAACAACCCCUCUUCGCAGAAGAUGGAAUAACAUGCAUCGGCGUGGAAACUAUAGACGGCACGAAAUACUACGCUGAUAAAGUCGUCUUAGCAGCUGGUGCUUGGAGUCCAACACUAAUCGAUUUAGAAGAUCAGUGUGUCUCCAAGGCAUGGGUCUUCGCACACAUAAAACUCACACCAGAAGAGGUAAAGCAAUACAAAAAUAUCCCCGUCAUAUACGACGGCGAAUACGGCUUCUUCUUCGAACCAGAUGAGAACGGAAUAAUCAAAGUCUGCGACGAAUUCCCCGGCUUCUCACGCUUCAAACCCCACAAACCAUUCGGAGCUACUUCUCCAAAACUUAUCUCCGUACCUCGAUCCCACGCAAAACAUCCAAGCGAUACAUACCCCGACGCAUCAGAGGUGACUAUCCGCAAGGCCAUCGCUAGAUUCCUGCCCGCGUUCAAAAACAAAGAGCUUUUUAAUCGAACGAUGUGUUGGUGUACCGAUACUGCUGAUGCGAGUCAAUUGAUAUGUGAGCAUCCGAGAUGGAAGAAUUUUAUUUUGGCUACGGGGGAUAGUGGGCAUAGUUUUAAACUUCUACCUAAUAUUGGGAAACAUGUUGUUGAGCUUAUUGAGGGGAGUUUGUCGGAUGAAAUGGCGUAUGAGUGGAGAUGGAGACCUGGUGGUGAUGCUUUGAAGUCGAAACGGGGUGCGGUGGCGAAGGAUUUGGCUACUCUGCCGGGUUGGCAGCAUGAUGCGAAGCUUUAG